AUGCCAAAAGAUAUUCUCAAAGUAGUGCUUAUCGGCGACGGUGGAGUUGGCAAGACCAGUUUGCGCAACCAGUUUAUCCACAAACGAUUCACAAAUGCAUACAAAGCUACUAUAGGUGCCGAUUUUAUCACUAAAGAGGUCCAGAAAGAUGAUAAUACCAAGGUAAUGCUCCAACUUUGGGACACAGCCGGUCAAGAGCGAUUUCAAUCACUGGGUGUUGCAUAUUACCGUGGAGCAGAUGCCUGUAUAUUGGUGUAUGAUGUCAACAACUAUUCAUCCUUCCAACACCUAGGACGCUGGCGAGAGGACUUCUUAAAGCAAUCUUCGCUGCCUGAAGACGAAGCCAAGCACUUUCCAUUUUUGAUGGUCGGUAAUAAGAUUGACAUAGACGACCGUGUUGUGUCCAGAAGACAAGCCCGUGCUUGGGCCGAACAAAACUCUUCUGACAGAAUGCGAAUUCCAUGCUUUGAAGCGAGUGCCAAGGAUGGUACAAAUGUUGAAGAGGCAUUUACUUAUAUUGCCAAAAUGAUCAAAGUCCCGCAACUCGAGCUUGAUUUGAACGGCGAAAUUCUUACCUUGUCCAGUGAUUCUCUCUAUGGACGUAGAAAAAGCACUAUUAAUCGCCUCUGCUGCUAA